AUGCUGGUGCAACCGUCUGGUAAUAGAAGAUCCAGAGUUAGUCGUGGAGGAAACGGAGAAGGAAAUACAUCCAAAAAGACCCAAGGUCCCCGUCGUAAAAACCCCACGAAUUCAAAUACUUCAGAAUUAGUUACAGAUGAGUCAUUAGAUGAUUCUGAAGUGUGUAUUAUCUGUGCCAAUAAGUUGAUAUACGCUGCUCUCCUGCCAUGUAUUCAUACAGUAUGUCAUGUUUGUGCAUUCCGCCAGAGAGCACUCUAUGAGAAGAAAGCAUGUCUUGUUUGCCGUACCGAAUGUGACCGUAUGAUCAUCACAGAGCAAAUUGAUAAGACAUUUAACGAUUUCUCUGAUGCGAGUUCCUUUGAAUGUCAUGACCCAAAAUAUAACAUUGAUUUCACAUCUUCAUAUGCAUACAAGGAUACCUUGGGAUUGCUUGAUUUUAGCUGUAAAGUGUGCAACGAAACUUUCCCACUGUUUAAGACAUUAUCUGAACAUGUGAAGAACGAGCAUCACAAAUACUUUUGCUUGAUUUGCUCCCACAAUAGAAAGGCAUUUGUAAGCGAAUUGAAAUUGUACAAUUUCAAGCAAUUACAAAAACAUCAAGGUGAGGGAGAUGAGCAAGGGUUCUUUGGUCACCCAGAAUGUAAGCACUGUAGAGGUAAGAGAUUUUACUCAGAGGAUGAAUUAAAUAUUCAUAUCAGAGAUCAUCACGAAAGAUGCCACAUCUGUGAUCAGAAUAACCCUAAAACUGCAGACUAUUACAAAAAUUAUGAUUCCUUGUUUCAACAUUUUAGAGUUGACCAUUAUGUUUGCAACUUUCCAAUUUGCCUUGAAAAGAAAUUUGUUGUGUUCAGAGAAGAGUUGGAUUUAACGGCUCAUAUGUUGAAAGAGCACGGUGGAAUUGCCAGCGGAUCUAAAGUAAUAAUAGGAGCUACUGGUAGACAAUAUCAGUCACAAUUGUCUACUUUUUCCGGAAUAGGCGAAACCUCAUUAAGUGCUAAUAGAAGCAACAAUAGCAAAGGAUUCGAUGACGCCGAUUCAUUCGAUACCAAGAAGAAAAGAUUGGAAGAACGAGCGAAGCAUUAUCUUAACUAUAACAAUACCAGCAUAAAGGCAUUUCAGAAGUUGAACGCAAAUUUUCGUUCCAAGAACAUUUCCGCUAAGGAAUUGUUGAAGAACUAUGAAGAGUUAUUCACUAAACAAACCCCGGAGGAAAUCAACUUAUUGAUUUACGAAAUGGCAGAGCUUUUCCCAGAACACUCCCAGGAAAGGAAAUCUUUAUCCAGCAUAUCAGAAGAAUUGGUAGUCAAUAAUAGCAAAGAAAGAUUUCCAAUGUUGAAUGGCUCAGGACUGUCUUCAACUGCUAGUAUCCAUUCUUGGACUGGUAAUGGGAUCAGAAAGCUGCUGCCUAAUAACAAUGAGCUCUUUCCAGCAUUAGCAAAACCAAAGAAGGCACUGGGAAGUCCAUCACUCAACCAGCCUAUAAGGUAUUCCAAGGUUGUUAGAAAAAUUGGUCUGCCUUCUCCCUCCAGUUCUAGUAGUAGCACUCCCGUAAAUUUUAAACCUACUUACCUUAAUAAGAAUACCUCUCCUCUGGUCGAUUCUUUGCCAGUAUUAGGUGGUGGUAGCAAGGGAAAUUCCAGUACAAGCCUAAGUAAUGACAACGGCAUACUACAACCUAAACCCACAACUUCAUCCUCCAGUUCAACCAUUCUUUCUAAUUCCAAAUUUCCAUCGUUAGAAAAGAAACUGAACAAGAAACCAAUUCCUAGAGUUAAUCCAGUUAUCACUCCUACGUCAUGGGGUCCUUCUUCUAACACCAUUAGAGAACUGAAGCCGGCAAAAGAACUAGAUUUUGGGAUUCAAAUAAUAGCCAAGAAAAAGAAGAACGGAAAUAGAUGA